AGGAGAAUCUCCUUCUUGUAGUAUUCAGAUGAUUCUUCUUGACCUCAAACUAACCGAUGGAACACAUCACCUUCCAAUAUAGCUCUAAUCAAUUCCGUUCCAGAAAAAUUACAAGCACAAAAAAAAGAGAUAUUGUACUAUAAGUAAUAAUAGAUGAAGGGGUGGCAGAAUAGCAGGAAGCCCAAGGCAGUGGUGGUGGGAGGAAGCAUAGCAGGAAUAUCUUGUGCACAUGCUCUGAUUGAAGCAGGAUGGGAUGUUGUGGUGCUGGAGAAAAGUUGUGCACCCCCAAGUGGAAGCCCAACUGGUGCUGGACUCGGACUUGACCCUUCGGCUCAGAAAAUCAUUCAGACUUGGCUGAGGAACCCUCAGCUUCUCCACAACUCCACUUUGCCCCUCACUAUUGAUCAAAACCAAGCAACUGAUGGAGAAAAGAAAAUCAGCUGGACUCUGACAAGGGAUGAAAACUUCAAUUUUAGAGCAGCAUACUGGACUGAUCUAUAUAGCCUUUUAUACAAUGCACUACAAUCUGAUACUGUUUUGUGGGGGCACUAUUUCCUUUCAUUUUGCAUCUCUGAUGACAAAACUAGCGUCACAGUUAAAUGUAAAGUUCUUGAAACCGGUGACACAAUUGACAUAGUAGGUGAUCUACUUAUUGCUGCUGAUGGCUGUCUUUCCAGCAUUCGAAAGAGCUUCCUUCCCAAUCUUAAGCUGAGAUAUUCAGGUUACACUGCAUGGAGGGGUGUUCUUGAUUUCUCAAAUAACAAGCAUGCAGAAGCUGUAUUGGACCUCAAGAAGGCAUACCCAGAUUUAGGGAAAUGCCUAUACUUUGAUUUGAGUUCGAGAACUCACAGUGUGAUCUACGAACUAUUGAACCAACGGAUCAAUUGGAUUUGGUAUAUCAAUCAACCUGAGCCAGAACUUAAGGGAAACUCAGUGACCAUGAAAGUUAGCAGCGACAUGAUUGAGCAGCUGCAUGAGGCAGCAGAAAAAGUUUGGGUCCCAGGAUUAGCAACGAUCAUAAAAGAAACCAAAGAACCCUUCCUAAAUGUCAUGUAUGAUUGUGAACCUCUGAAGCAAAUCUUUUGGGACAAUGUAGUUUUGAUUGGAGAUGCAGCUCAUCCUACAACUCCUCAUGGUCUGAGAAGCACAAACAUGUCAGUAUUGGAUGCUGCAGUUUUAGGCAAAUGCCUUCAGAAGUGGGGGGUGGAAAAUCUAAAUUUAGCCCUUGAAGAUUAUCAGUCUAUUCGGCUGCCAGUUACUUCAAAGCAAGUAUUGCAUUCUAGGCGGAUGGGUUGCAUCAAACAGGGUUUAAACGUUGCGGGUCGCAGACCUUUUGAUCCAAGAACGGCAACGCCUGAAGAAUGUGAUGACCUUCAGCAAAAGAAUAUGCCUUUCUUCACUGAUGUUCCUUCAAUAUUUGAUGUAACAACUUAGAGCGGUUGGAUUGUUGAGGAGAUAUAGCAUUUUAUGUAUGAAUAAAGGAACCUUAAACUAUGUUUUUGUACCCUACACCUUUCCAGAAAACUGCACAUAAUGAAAAUUUUACUUUAGGUCCAUUAUUACGUAUUUGCUGCCCCUUGUGACUCUGAAGCAUCGAUAGGAAGAGAAAACAAAAAGUAAGAAUUACACCAAUUGGACCAAACCUGACAAAUGUCAAGUGGACCUACCCCAGUACCCUCCAAAUGAUUCUACUUGGCCCCAAACGGAUGGACCAAUCAUCUCCAAAAAUGUCCAAUCAAUUCCAUCCCAGCAAAACUACAAGCACGAGAAGGAGACAAUAAUACUCCAACUGAUGAGAUAUGAAGGGGUGGCAGAAUAACAGGAAGCCGAAAGCAGUAGUGGUGGGAGGAAGCAUAGCAGGGAUAUCUUGUGCUCAUGCUCUUAUCGAUGCAGGGUGGGAUGUUGUGGUGCUGGAGAAAACUUGUACACCCCCAAGCGGGAGCCCAACUGGUGCUGGACUUGGCCUUGACCCUCUUUGCCCCUCCACAACUCCUAAGAACUCCACUUUGCUCCUGAGCAUUGAUCAAAACAAAGCAACCUAUGGUGAAAAGAAAAUCAGCUGGACUCUGACGAGAGAUGAAAACUUAAAUUUUCGAGCAGCAUACUGGGCUGAUCUAUAUACUUUUUUACACAAUGCAUUAUCAUCUGAUGUUGUGUUGUGGGGGCAUUUUUUCCUUGGAUUUUGCACUUCUGAAGGCAAGACUUGUGUCACAGUUAAAUGCAAAGUUCUUGAAACGGGUGACACAUAUGACAUAGUCAGUGAUUUACUUAUUGCUGCUGAUGUCUGUCUUUCUAGUGUUUGAAAGAGUUUCCUUCCUGAUCUUAAGCUGAGGUCUGUGAAAGAUAUUCUGCUUACUGUGCAAGGAGGGGUGUUCUUGAAUUUUCAAAUAACAAGCAUGCUGAAGCUGUGGUGGAUCUCAAGAAGGCAAAUCCAAACUUGGGGAAAUGCUUAUACUUUGAAUUGAGUUCAGGAACUCACUGUGGGCUCUACGAACUACUGAACAAACGGAUCAAUUGGAUUUGGUAUAUCAAUCAACCUGCGCCAGAACUUAAGUGAGGAAGCAAAGAGGAUGAUGAGGAUAAAAAUUUUGGUUCGCUCGUCGUGCAUAAUGGCUUAUAGUAUAUAUUUGCCUUGACGACCACCUAAAAAUGUUUCUGAGUCCAGCUUGCUGUAAAUAAUUUGACAGGAGAAAUUCCUUCUACAAUUGGGAACCUAUCCUCAAUCAAGCAAUUAUCCUUCACCUUUAACAAUUUGGAGGGGAAUCUUCCAGACGAGAUAAGCUUAUUAACCACCUUGUUUUUCCUAGCAGUGGGAUCAAAUAAGCUAACAGGUCAAAUACCUUCAUCCAUGUAUAAUAUCUCUACGCUCACUUUCUUUACUGCACCAGAUAAUUUUCUUUAUGGGAGCCUUCCAACCAACCUAGGUCUCAAGCUACCGAAUCUUCAGAUAUAAUAGGUAUUGCUGGAAACCGGUUCUCUGGAAAAAUACCUGUUUCAAUUACCAAUUGUACUAAGCUUGAAGUAAUUGAUCUUGGUGAUAAUAAAAUUGAAGGCCAUGUUCCAUACAACCUUGGAUAUUUGCUGAAUCUUAGAAUUCUGAGUCUGCAAGGAAAUCUCUAGGGUAGCAAUUCAGCCGGUGAUCUAAACUUUCUUGUACCUUUGACAAACUGCAGCAAUUUAGAAAUACUCUCUUUGGCUAAAAAUAACUUUGGUGGUGAAUUGCCUAAUAUUCUUCACAAUCUCUCAUAUCAGUUGACACAUUUAUACCUAUCAGAGAACAAGAUAUCAGGAGCCUUUCCAGCGGGAAUUGAAAAUCUUGUACAUUUGUAUAUACUGUCUCUGGCAAAUAAUUUAUUUACAGGUGUCUUACCAAGUGAUGUUGGCAAACUUCAGAAACUGGAGGUAUUGGUUGUUGACAGGAAUAUGCUUUCAGGACAGGUACCAUCUACCCUCUGCAACAUUACCAAUCUAUAUGUUCUGAACUUGUCCAGCAACAACUUCCAAGGUGUCCACCAAGUCUUCGGAACUGUAAAAGUCUACAAAUGCUGUUUAUUUCACAAAACAACUUCAGUGGAAGUGUAUCCCCUCAGAUCUUUGGGUCAUACAAAUCGCCAACAAUUCUAGAUUUAUCACACAACUCAUUGAGUGGUUCCCUACCCCUUGAAGUAGGAAAAUUGGCAAACAUUCAACAGCUAGUUGUCUCCAGCAACAAAUUUUCCGGAGAAGUUCCUUCAACACUUGGAGAUUGUUCAAGCAUGCAGUACCUUGAUAUGCAGAGCAACCUUUUCAAUGGAACACUUCCACCAGCUUUGGCUUCUUUGAAGGGCAUCCAGUUUUUGGACCUUUCACAUAACAACUUCAGUGGGCAAAUACCAAGAGACAUAAACAGGAAGCUUUGGAGUUGUGUAUAAAGGAAAGUUAGAUCAACACCAAGACAAGGAAGUUGCCGUAAAAGUUCUUGACCUUCAAAAAAAUGGGGCUUCCAAAAGUUUUGAGGCUGAGUGCAAAGCAUUGAGAAGCAUUCGCCAUAGAAAUCUUCUCUCACUCUUUUAACUUAUUGCUCCAGUAUUGAUACCAAAGGUAAUGAAUUCAAGGCACUAGUCUACGAAUAUAUGCAAAAUGGAAGUCUCGACAUGUGGUUACAUUCAGAAUUAGCAGAAGCAACUAGAUCAAGAAAUCUAGACCUUCUUCAGACGAUAAAUAUUGCAGUUAAUGUGGCUUCAGCUUUGGAUUAUCUUCACAACCACUAUGAAGUUGCUAUUGUUCAUUGUGAUCUGAAACCAAGUAACAUUCUUCUUGACAAUGACCUUAUAGCUCAUGUGGGUGACUUUGGAUUAGCAAAGCUUCUUCCUAGAACUGCUGACAUUGAUUCUGAGUAAGAAACUACCAGCAGUGCUGUUGCACCAAAAGGAUCCAUCGGAUAUGCAGCUCCAGGUAACAAUUUUGCAAUAGCUAGAGUAAAUGCAUUAUAUAUUCUCUAAAUAUUCAUGGUACAAAAAACACAAUUAUCCAUUUUAUCCUGUAUCAAAAAAGAAUUAUUAUGUUUAAUAGCUACUUUUUGAAAA